AAUGCUUUAAUUUUUUUCAGAGCUGGAGUUGCCAUCAUCCCUCACGUCAGAAGAGAGGAAAUACAUCCAUUUUUUGUCACAGCAAAUGGGAUUCAAGAGCAAGAGUCGGGGGAAAGGCUCAUCUCGUUACCUUACAGUGUACAAAAAGGAAGGGUCAACAAUUAUGAGCAGUGAAGCAGUUGUUAGUCUAGCUGAUCCUACUCGAGCUACCAUCUUAGGACUGCUUCAACGCUGCCCAGUCACUAACAAGGAACGGCAAGACCUUUUACCAGCUACAGAAAGAGACAGACUGAUGAAUCCUGAGUUGAGAGACCUAAGUGUCCUACGUUCCCUAGGACGUUUGACUCCUGGGCCCCCACAGAUUCCUCCACCACCAAGUCUUAGUGACCUGACUGCAGAAGCAAGAAAGUUACCUAUUUGGAACAUGAGAGACCAGCUUCUUGCUGCUGUCCACCACAACCAGGUCAUCCUGGUCUGUGGUGAGACAGGUUCAGGGAAAACAACUCAGGUACCACAAAUGUUGCUUCAAGAAGCAUCAUCCCUGGGGAAGCCAUGUCGUAUUUUUUGUACACAACCACGAAGGAUCUCUGCACUGACCAUCGCAGAAAGAGUGGCAGCAGAAAGAGGCGAGAAAGUUGGGUAUACUGUUGGCUACCAGAUUAGAUUGGAAAGCAAAUUAUCGCCGAAGACACUGCUGACUUUUUGCACCAAUGGUGUCCUCCUAAGAACACUUAUGGGAGGAGAUUCUUCUCUUGCCAGUGUGACACACAUUCUUGUGGAUGAGGUCCAUGAGAGAGACAGGUUCACAGACUUCCUUCUGAUAGUGUUGAGAGACUGCCUCCCCAAGUUCCGCCAUCUUAAACUUCUACUUAUGUCGGCUGCACUAGAUGUUAACCUCUAUGCCAAAUAUUUUAACAACUGCCCAGUGAUUGAUGUUCCUGGAAGGUGCUAUCCUGUGAAAGAGUAUUUUCUAGAAGAUGUGCUAAAAUACACUAACUACCAAACUCCUGAAAUGGUGAAAGCUAGCAAGGAACUAGAACAGCGGCAGAGUGGCCAGAAGACAGCGACUGCAUGGACACAACAACUAUCACAACAAAUUCUGAGCAAUGUGUCAGCAGCAUCAGCACUAGCAUCACCUAACAAAAUAUCUAAUACUUCUCAAUCAAAGAAUCAGGAACUGGAUAACACAUUAAAAGAAGAAAUGGACAGCUGCAUCCAGGAGGCUUUCCUAAGUGGUUCUGAUGAAGCUUUCUCCCAAAUGAUGUACUUAAUCAUGUCUGAGAAUGUCUCUCCAGACUAUCAGCAUUCAGAAACGUGGGCAACACCCCUCAUGGUUGCUUCUGGCCGUGGUCGAGUAGACGUAGUUGAGCAACUUCUGGCUCUGGGGUCAUCUCUCACCCUGCGUGCUGCAAAUGAUUGGACAGCUGCUAGUUGGGCGAAAUCUACAGGGCAGCAAGAAGCUUUAGAUUUAUUGCAUGCAUAUAGUGCCUGUGAAGGAGUAGAUCUGCUAUCUCUGACUGGCAAAGGAAGUCCUGCUCCAGUCAAAGGACUGCGGGGAUUGACACCUGUUACACCCACCCCAGAGCUGAGUGCAGAAGACAAGAGGAUGCUUGACUCUUACCACCACUCUGUGUCAGAUGAGAUUGUUGAUGUUGAUUUGGUUCAUGCUCUCUGCUAUAAACUCCAUACUGACCAACCUCCAGGUGCAAUUUUGAUUUUUCUGCCGGGGUAUGAUGACAUAGUGACCUUGAGGGAUCGCAUUAUAGCUGAGGAAAAGCAGUACCUCAUUGGGGGCAAAUAUUGUCUCUUUUGUUUGCACUCCAGUAUGCAGUCAAGUGACCAAAAGCGAGUUUUCCGACCUGCCCCACCAGGAGUUCGGAAGAUUAUACUGUCUACAAACAUCGCAGAGACCAGUGUAACAAUCAAUGAUGUUGUCUAUGUUAUUGAUGCUGGUAAAGUUAAAGAGAUGAGUUAUGACUCAAUGGUAGGCGUUUCUUGUCUGCGUGCAGUGUGGAUCUCUCAGGCAUCUAGUCAGCAGCGUCGUGGUCGAGCAGGAAGGUGCCAACCUGGUAUCUGUUACCACCUGUUCUCUCAGAGCCGUUACAACUCCCUACAGCCUCACCAAACACCUGAAAUACUGAGAACUCCUUUGCAGGAACUUUGUCUGCAUACUAAACUUCUGGCUCCAGCCAACAUGCCUAUAGCAGACUUUUUAGCACGUGCUCCAGAAGCUCCUGCUUUCAUGGUCAUUCGUAACGCAGUUCAGUUAUUGAAGAGUAUGGAUGCUUUGGAUGGGUGGGAGGAUGUGACUGAGCUUGGACAUCAUCUCCUGGACCUUCCUUUGCCACCACGCCUGGCCAAGAUGGUUAUCACAGCCACAGUACUCAAGUGUCUUGAUCCAGUGCUUACCAUUGCAGCUUGUUUAGCUUACAAAGAUCCUUUCACACUACCAAAGCAUCCAAGCGAGAAAAGGAAUGCCAAUGCAGUACGAAGGAAAUUUACGUCUGGAACAUACAGCGACCAUAUGGUUCUUUUGAAAGCUUUCCAGGCAUGGCAGAAGGCAUGUGGUGAGGGGUGGGAAAGAGGCUGGUGUGAGCGUAACUAUGUAUCAGGAGCUACAAUGGAGAUGAUCCAUGGCAUGCGCUCCCAGGUAUUGGCUCAGCUGCGGGGAGCUGGAUUUGUUCGUGCUCGUGGACCUGGAGACAUCAGAGAUGUAAAUAGCAACAGUGAUAACUGGGCAAUGGUAAAGGCUGCUCUGGUAUCAGGCAUGUAUCCGAACCUUAUUAGGGUUGAUCGGGACCAGUGCCAGCUUAGAACACAGAAAGAGAGUAAAGUACGAUUACAUCCUACCUCAUCACUGUUAGAUACGGCUGGUAACAACCACAAUUCACUCAGUGCUGCUCAUCGGUCCUUAAUUAGCUCCUUGCCCUCUGAUUGGUUGGUAUAUGAUGAGAUGGUGCGCAUUGGAGUAGUUGCCCAUGUCCGGACUGUGACACUGGUGUCCCCGCUGACAGUCUUGCUUCUUGCAGGCCCAAUGAGACUGUCUCUGGAUGCUUUUUCUGAGCCCUCAAGUAGAAGCAGUGGUGACUGUAGUAGUGACAGUGAGAGUGAGGAUAGACCUGUGGGUCUGAGCUGUCUAGUCAGAAUUGACAACUGGAUACAGUUUCUGGGUGAUCCCCAAGCAGCACACCUUGCACUGCAGUUGCGACACAAGUUGCACGCGCUCAUCCUUAGGAGACUCCGAGCACCCAACAAGCCACUCACUCAGGCUGAUGAAGAUGUAGUGCGAGUUGUGGCAUCAGCCUUGAGCCAAGAGGAACAAGCACUUAGUCUUGUACAACCAUCAGGUGUUGGCCAGCGUCCUCGUCCCCUGUAUCCUCACAGCCAUCCACAUGAGGGUGGAUGGUCUGGUGGAACUUCUGAAGACUCCCAGUCUAGUCGCUCGUCAUCCCGACGAACCAGUGAUGCAGCUACCCCUCCUGUAGGCACACCCCAUACUUCAACAAAAUUUUCAGUUACCCCAAGUACAGUCACUAAAACUAUGGCAACAGGAACAGUGUCAUUGACGAGCCCUUCUGCCCCCAGCAACACAACUAGUGGCUUUUCCAAUCCUGGCGCAUCUACCAUGUUUCCCUCUAGUACUGUUGGUGGGGGAUUUUCUAGUACAGGUCAUGGGGGCUCUAACAUAUUCACAUCUAACACAGGAAUGAAGUCCAACUCAAAUACCGCAGCUAACACCAUUACUACCACUACCUACAGAUCAUUUCCUAGCAUAAGCACAAGUAGUAUCACUAACCCCACAGCAAACACAAAUACUUUCAUUAGCAGCAACAUAACUCAAGCUACUACCAAUGCCAUCAAAACUUCCAUGACAACUCCAUCCUCAGUAUCAACUCCAGCCAAAACAACCUUUACCACUGGUAGUGGAGGCAGCAGUACUGGUGGAGGACUUAAGCAAAUGAAUAAAGACUCUAAAGGAAACUACAACAUUAAAGUGAGCAGCAGUAACAGCGGUGGUGCAGAAGGAGGGAGCAGCGGUGGAAAAUCUCGGUACUUCAUCAUCAAGGCUUCUAUGUACAAACAGCUGGAAGCAUCUCAUCAUACAUCUUUUUGGGCCUUCACUCACAACACGGAAAAGAAAAUUAUGCAAGCUUUUCAGACUGGCCCUGUCAUUUUAGUUUUUACUUUGCAUAGAGGAGGACAGUUUAAUGGCUAUGCUCGCUUUACAGGCGAGAAAACAGAUGAUAAAUGCCCAGAUAUUACUAAUGUUGGUCCCACACUUGGACCACUUUACAAGAUCGAGUGGGUGAAAAAGUGGAACAUAGGUUUUCACCAGACUCGAAGACUGUACAACCCCUACAAUGACAACAUGCAAGUUCACAUGAGCAGGGAUGGGCAGGAAGUGGAAGCAAGCAUUGGAGAACAACUGAUACGACUUUGGGAUAAGAAUAGUGGAGGAAGCAACAGUAAUGGUGGGGGCAACUAUAAAGGUUCUAAUACAUAUAUGGUGGGUAGUGGUGGUCCUCCUAUGAUGCAUGACCCUCAGGGUCCACCUCCACCUCGACAUCCUCUCCACCCCUCACAUAUUGGAGCAGUUCAUUCUCCCUUCCAUCAUCCCUUUGGAAGAAACUAUGGAAAUGGAUAUGGGUAUAGUGGAAGCAGUGGUGGUAGUGGUGGGAAUACCAGUGGUGGUGGCAGUGGAGGGGGCGGUAGUGGGAGUGGGGGAGGAGGAGGA